AUGAGGAUCCCUAUUGCUGUGCAGCUAGCGCUGCUCGUGUUGCUGACAGCGGUCCUGGGAGUCGCCGUGUCACAGGGCCUCGAGCUCGUCGCGACCAUCAAAGCUAGUCAGAUCGCAUCGAAUUUGGACCUGCUCGAAACAACAUGCAAGACUUUUGCCACUCGCAUUUUGAUUCAAACGGCGUUGAGACGUUACUAUGCGGGUAAUAACUCGGUCGAAAACUGGACGAAUUCGAUUGCCGAUGUGCAAUCCGCGCUGGGGGGCCGAGGAUACCUCAGCCUGUACCAAGCGAUCAUCUACUCCAAAAACGGAGACGCAGGAGUAGAAAGCUUACUCAAUGUGACAAGUGACUCGGUUCCCGACAUCAAUCUUCCAUACAGCUAUCCUAAUGGAUCCACCGUGAAGCUGGGUAACGAGGGACUGGGUUACCCCCCUUCGUUGUAUCCAAAUCUCACGUACCGAACGACAAGCGACAAUGGAUCUACCGCGGUUUACGCCUUUUCCGAUUAUACCUUUGGUUUAGCAUCGGCCCUGCUUUUGGGCCCGUUGAAAGUCAACUCGUCGUUCUCUCUCGUCUCCUUGACGCUGCCGAUUGUCAACAACACCUCUAAUACUGAGAUCAUGGGUUUCAUGACUGUUGUUGCUAGUGCAGCGAACCUCCAGAAUGUGGUCAGUUCCCGAGACGGACUAGGAACCAGCGGGCAAGUGCUUCUUCUAGGACCCUCCCGACCCGCGAACGUGUUUGCCUCGACCGAUCAGCCGGCGACGUCCACAUCUGUCGCCCAUGCCGAAGCAUUGGAUCGGGCGCAAGUCCACUAUGUGUUCGAACCGACGCCUUUGCCCACCCAAGCUAGCCGACAUGUGGGGAUGUCAACAGAUACUCCCUUUGCACUCUCCACAUAUCCAAUGGCACUUAAGGUGAUGCUUCAGCUAUACCCUGACGAAAGUAAUGCUAUGAGUGACCUGUCAACAACGAAUGAGCGAGGGAUCAAGGUUGCCGUGGGCGCUGUGCGCCCCCAAAAUUCCCUCGUCCAGUGGAUACUUCUUGUUGAGGAGGCCCAGUCAGAGGCCUUUGCCCCAGUUGCUCGACUGCGUAAGAUAAUUAUCGCCUGCGUAUUCGGCACAGCAGGCGCGAUCAUCAUCCUGAUUCCUCUGCUAACACACUGGGCCGUUGCUCCGAUUCGACGAUUGCGAGCAGCGGCCCAAAAAUCAGUUGAGCCUGAAAUUGGUGCCCCCCGGGCACCUGAUUCGCGAGCGCCGGGAUAUGAAGGCGAAUACACGCAAAGAGAGGCAGUCGAGGAGCAUGUGGAUGAGAAAGGGUCGCCAGCGACAUGGGUGAAACGCCUCAGACGACCUUCGGGAUGGCUGAACAGCUCGACAAGUAUCAACAACUCCGGCACCAGUCGUGGUUUCCAGAUCCCAGGAAGAGUGAAAGAAAGAAAACAUUGCAUCACGGACGAAUUGACGGACUUGACGAAAACCUACAAUGCAAUGUCGGAUGAGUUGACCAUUCAAUAUUCCCGACUGGAAGAACGAGUCGCCGAGCGAACUCGCGAACUUGAAAAGGCCAAGCUGGCAGCGGAGACUGCAAACGAAAGCAAAACACUCUUUAUCGCCAAUAUCUCCCAUGAGCUCAAAACUCCCCUCAACGGAAUCCUCGGCAUGUGCGCAGUGUGCAUGGGAGAAGAUGAUCUAUCCAGGAUCAAAAAAUCAUUACAAGUCGUGUAUCAAUCCGGUGACCUUCUCUUACACCUUUUGAACGACUUGCUUACAUUUAGUAAGAAUCAAAUCGACCAGGCCAUUCAGAUCGAGGAGAAGGAAUUCAAGAUCUCGGAUGUCCGGUCGCAAUUGGCGAUCAUCUUUCAAAAUCAGGUGCACGAGAAGCACAUUGACUUCAGCGUGAAUUUCGUUUCCGGGGAGUUCAGUGAGCCCCAAGGCACUGUGUGUCGCGAGGAAGGAUCAGGGCACCCUAAAUUGACUCCAGCGCAACCCAGACUGGCGGACAUGGUGCUAUGGGGUGAUCAGCAUCGCAUUCUCCAGGUGCUGAUCAACUUGGUCAGCAACAGCCUAAAAUUCACACCCGAGAGUGGAAAAGUGGAAGUUCGUAUCCGACUAAUGAAUGAAGUCUCCGGGGUGGACGGCCAGUUGCCUCAUCGGACCGCGACCCGGCAAUCUUCCAAACUGCGCUCCCCCUCUGUGUCUAGUUCAAGCUCAUCUAUGCGCAUUGCGCACAAUACCAGUGAAGGCGAAGGUGAAGGAUCACGAACAUCCAAACCUAAUCUCCGACAGGUAAUAUUCCAGUUCGAGGUGGAGGACAACGGACCGGGGAUCCCCAGCCACCUCCACAGGCGCAUAUUUGAUCCCUUCGUUCAAGGAGACCUGGGGCUUAAUCGAAAGUACGGCGGAACAGGCCUCGGUCUCAGUAUUUGUGCCCAGCUGUCCCGUAUCAUGGGGGGUGUCGUUUUGCUUGACAGCAAGGAGGGUGAAGGGUCACUCUUCACUUUGAAAAUCCCCUUGGGGUAUGUGAGGGAAUCUGUUCCAAGCCCACGCACUGGGAGCGUUCCUGGAUCGCGAACUCCCAGUGUUCUCUCACUGGAAGAGUUCUCAAACGCUGUGCGCACACCGUCAAAUCACGGCUCAGUGCGCAAUGAUCCCCAUGCACCAGGCUUCGAGAAGUCGGAGAUCCAACCGCGAUUGGUAGGCCUCAGUCAACCCUUCUUUGCGCCAACAGUACCCAAAACCCCGCCACCAUCCGCCAGCAACCUACCAUCAAACCAUACCCCACGAGACAGUGUGGAUGGGUCGAAGAAGAUCCGGGUUCUGGUGGCUGAAGACAAUACUGUCAACCAGGAAGUAGUCCGUCGAAUGCUCGCCCUAGAAGAGGUUUAUGAUGUGACAAUCGUGAAAGAUGGCCAGGAGGCAUACGAUACUGUCAAGUCAAAUAUGGAGAAAGGCGAGGUCUUUGACCUUAUUUUCAUGGAUAUUCAAAUGCCUGUACUCGACGGCCUCGAGAGCACCCGUCUCAUCCGGCAGAUGGGAUACUCUGCCCCUAUUGUGGCGCUAAGUGCUUUUGCCGAAGAAAGCAACAUCAAAGACUGCAUGGAUUGUGGGAUGGAUAUGUUCAUAAGUAAACCUAUUCGAAGGCCUGCAUUGAAGCAAGUUCUCAGCAAAUUCUCCACCAUAAUCGAGGAAGUUGAGACUGGAUCCUGA